AAUACGUAUCCCUGAAUGCGUGUUUACUCGACAUUACUUAUCUGCGUCUUAUCAAAUCAUUGAACAGCGACAAUGAUUAGUCUCACAACAAAACCCUUUUCGGGUGAAACCACAGGUGCAUAGUGCAUUCAGAAACACAACAUCAGUCACAAUACAUUAGUCAUCAAGCACAUUUUUCAAAAUGGUAAUUCCUCCAAAUUACACGGAAAACAUCCCAGAAAUGAUAGAGCCAAAUUGGAAAUCGGACGAUAAAUUCGUUUAUUCCGUGCUCUCGGAUGUAGCGAACAGUAGCUUGAAAGAUAUUUUCCCUCAUUACAAGGACAUAACACAGUGUAAACUUAACAAAGAAGACCUUCUUGAUCUCGAUUAUUGUGGAGAUGAUAUUGAUGUAAACAAGCUCGUGGAUGAUUUUCGUGGUCCUGCAAUUUAUAUAGGAAUCUGGUUGAGCUUGGCCAUAAUUUUCACGAUUGUUGGAGUAAUUUGGUGCAUUUGUAACAAGUGUUGUUGUUGCUGCAAAGGAAAAAAAGGAGAUGACUUGGACUACUUGGUAAAUACCGAGUCGGAUGAAGAUCUUCGACAAAUUGGCGUAUACCAAGGGGACAGAAAACAUAACUUAAAACUAGUUUGGAGAAUUACUUUGGCUGUACUUAUGACAUGUUGGGUCAUAGGAUUCUCAUUCAGUGUGUUCAUGUCAUUCGCAUCUAACGAAGGCUUUAGAACGUCCGUCUUUGAACUGUAUGACGAUUUGGACUUGUCGUUGGACGACGCAGAAAUGUAUAUUGAUAUAACAAACCGUCAAGUGAAUGCAACUUUUGUUACAAGUUUUGGGAACCUAUCGGAAAAAAUUCUAGAAGAAUUUCCACCAGAAGUUCCAACUGGUAACCUCCACAUUAAUUCACAGGCAUUAAGUUCAAGGAUUCUUCUGCACUCUAAUGUUUUAAUUACCCAAUUGGGACAUUCUAUGGAAUUGAAAGGGCUAAGCGACCUGCUUCGCGAAUUGCAAGUAACGUUGAAUCACUACGUUAAUCCAUUUUUGUCUCGAAUGGAACAAGUUGGACGAAAUCCUGAAUCUGAUGUGAAGGAAGCCUUGCGAAAAACAAAGGAAGAAUUAGAUAGAAAUGCUAAAGAUAUAACGGAUGCAAUAAAUGAGAUUCAAAUUAGCAAAUUUCGAGAAGAAUUGGAGAAAGCGGAAGAUGAAUAUUUGGAUGUUGUCGGGUCCGCAAUAUACGGAAGUUUCAUGGGGUUUAACCUCAUUUUGUUAUUAAUACUCAUCGGAAUAGUGAUUGGAUCUGUGGUUGUUUGGAUUGCUAAAGGACCGGCAAAGAAUAUUGGGUUUAUCUUUUACAGAUUCUCCAUCGUAAUGAUGUUCGUUUUGGGAUGGAUUAUCGCAUGUGUAAUGGUAACACAGUUUGCCAUUUCUGGAUUUUUGAUACACGAUGUAUGUGAAGAGUUGAGAGACUUGGAAAAUAAUUCCACGGAUGAUCAGAUCCAGAUGAUUGCGUCAGGCCAAGGAUUCCUGAUCCCACUGAAUAAGUCCUCAUUUGCAGAGAUGAACGAGGAUUAUUCCGUUCCUUCUUAUUCGUAUGUGAUCAACCACUGCAAACACAACAGCAGUGCAUACGCAGCUCUCAACUUGGAACUAGUCUACAAUGCUUCUUCGAUUAAAGACAUAUCUGACAAUUUUAAUUUCACGUCAUCGAAAGUCAAAAUUGAUGAUUUGUUUUUUACCAAAAAUUUAUAUGCUCUUCGUUCAUCCUUAUACCAUGAGUUGAAAAAACUGGAGUCCUUUAAGACUGUUGUAGCAGACAUUUCCAAGUCUGAAACCUUGAAUGGAACAGAGGGUUUAUAUUCAGAGAUACACUCUGAGUUGGUUUCAUUACUGCAAGAGUUAGAAACCCUCAGAUCACCAGACAUUGAGCGGAACUUUCCUGCGAACACCGUGGACAAUAUAAUUUUCCUUGUUGAUGACUAUGAAGAAUUCGUGUAUGAACAGGUAACGGCCAGAAUUGGAAAAUGUCAUCCGAUUUAUUACGCCACAAAUCAAGUACUCGAUACGGUUUGCAACAAAUUGUUAAUCCCAGUAGCGUCGUAUUGGUGGUCUUUACAACUCCUGCUCGUCAUGAUGGUAGCGUUAAUUUCUACGGCGUUAAUUUCUGAGCGUGUGUUUAAAUGAUAAGUGCUGUCAAACGCCGGUACAGAUUGAAUCUUAUUAGCUAAAGUUAGUCUAAUUAUUUUGUGAAAAUGUGCCUCGACUUUAUUUGUACAUAUAUAUUUAUUUAAAAAAUAAAGAUGCAACUAUGUGUAAAUGCAUAUAAGCAAAAUGG